CGCGAACCAGCCCCGCCUGCCGUGGGCUUCCCCGGAGCCCUCCCCUCCCUGGGAGCCGCUGGCAGAGGGGUCGGGCCGUGGGGCCACCUGGGCAAGCCUCCCUUGAGUCAUCUGUCUCCGGCCUCCGGGACGGACCUCACAGGACCAGAGGACGGAGGGCAGGAGGCGGCGGCGCACGGCAUGGGGGCCGGGGAAGUGAGAUGGAGGAAGCGAAGCCAGGACGGCGUCUCCUCCCGGAGCAGCUGCUGGGGCUGCCGUCGGGCCCAGGGCUCAGGCUGCCAGUUCUCCAUCCGGACUUAGAGACAGAGGACGCUCCCAGCGCCGUCUGCAGCGGAUCCGCCCUCUCCGCCUCUCUCUCUGCGAAGACGCGUCUGCAGCCCCGACAGCCACGCUGCCCACAGAGCGCUCCUCCCCACGGGGACGCUGAGCUUCUGCCCAGGAAGCCCGGGCACCUGCACUUCCCGUCUGUGGCCACACGCUCGGUAAAAACCGAGUCACAAGCUCCCCGUGGACACGUCCCAGAGCCGGAAAUGGGAGUCCCGGUGAGACAUCAGGUCUGGCGAGAGCAGAGCGGCCCGGGAACCUCUGGGGAGGACGGAGAGGGGAGACGCAGCAAGCUGGGGCUUCGCAGCCGUCCGGGGGCGUCUGAGCGGGAGUCUGGCCGCUCAGGGCAGCCUCGCAGGGCACGGCCGCCGCGGAGCCACUCCCGGGGACCCCCAGGGAGGACAGGAGCCGGCACGUGCGGGGUGGUCCUACAAGGAACAUGCGGGAAGGGCCAGCAACGACGCCACAGCGUGGAAGAAUCGUGAAGACCCCAGGCCGGACGCAAGAGGAUUCUGUGAACAAGGAGCGCCCGGAGCCGGCCGAUCCGUGGGGAAAGGAGGCAGAGC